UGGGUUGUUCAUCAGAAAUGCACACCACAGCCUGGGGGCUAUCAACUCCAGAGAACCUGAAAAUACCAGAAUCCUCCUUGAUGUAUCUCUCCUGCACAAAAGGAGAAAAGCCCCUUGACCAAAGACUGUCCCAGACAGAAAAUCAUUCAAACAGGCUCUGGAAAACAGGCAGUGAGAAGACGGAUGCUGUGCUGAGGACCAGCCUACUAAUCGUUUGACUUGCUCAGGGAAGUAAACCAUCUAUCUCCAGAAAUGUCUUCAGAAAAUAAAGAGCAACAUGACCUUUCACCGAGGGACUCACCUGAAGAAGCCUACAGUCUUCCACCUGAGGUCCCCCUGGAGGCUCAAAGGGGAUCAAGCACUGACUUCACGCACUUGGAAACCAAUGAUCAAGGCAGACCUUAUCGUAGGAUUCACCUGGAGCCUCAGGAGAAGCCAGAUAUUAACAUCAAAAAAGUUGUCACCAGAAAGCUGCAGAAGAGUUGCCAGUGUAGCCCAGGCAAAGUCAGAAAUAUGAUUUUUGAUUUCCUUCCUGUUUUGCGGUGGCUCCCAAAAUAUGAUCUCAAGAAAAACAUUUUAGGUGAUGUGAUGUCUGGCCUGAUUGUGGGCAUACUUUUGGUGCCCCAGUCUAUUGCUUACUCCCUGUUGGCUGGCCAAGAACCUAUCUAUGGUCUGUAUACGUCAUUUUUUGCCAGCAUCAUUUAUUGCCUGUUUGGUACCUCACGCCACAUCUCUGUGGGCAUUUUUGGAAUACUGUGCCUUAUGAUUGGUGAGGUAGUUGACCGAGAACUGCAUAAAGCCUGCCCUGACAUUGCUGCUGCAUCAUCUUCAUUAUCAGUGGUUUCAAAUGGAUCUGAGUUAGUAAGCCAUACAUUAGACAGACUUUGUAACAAAAGUUCUUAUGCAAUUAAAAUAGGCAGCACUGUGACCUUCAUGGCUGGAAUUUAUCAGGUAGCGAUGGGCUUCUUUCAAGUGGGCUUUGUCUCUGUCUACCUCUCAGAUGCCUUGCUGAGUGGGUUUGUCACGGGUGCCUCCUUUACCAUUCUCACAUCUCAGGCCAAGUAUCUCCUCGGACUGAGCCUUCCUCGGAGCCAUGGUAUAGGCUCCGUCAUCACUACCUGGAUCCACAUCUUCAGAAACAUUCAUAAGACCAAUAUCUGUGAUCUCGUCACCAGCCUUUUGUGUCUUCUGGUCCUUUUGCCAACCAAAGAACUCAAUGAACACUUCAAAGCCAAGCUCAAGGCACCAAUCCCGACCGAACUCAUUGUCGUUGUGGCAGCCACAUUAGCUUCUCAUUUUGGAAAACUAAAUGAGAAAUACAAUUCCAGUAUUUCUGGACAUAUUCCCACUGGGUUUAUGCCACCUAAAGCACCAGAUUGGAGCCUAAUUCCUAAUGUGGCUGUAGAUGCAAUAGCUAUUUCUAUCAUUGGUUUUGCUAUCACUGUAUCACUUUCUGAGAUGUUUGCCAAGAAACAUGGCUACACGGUCAAAGCAAAUCAAGAAAUGUAUGCCAUUGGCUUUUGCAAUAUUAUACCUUCCUUUUUCCACUGCAUAACUACUAGUGCGGCUCUUGCAAAGACAUUGGUUAAAGAAUCAACAGGCUGCCAGUCCCAGCUGUCAGCUAUAGUGACAGCCCUUGUUCUUUUGUUGGUCCUUCUGGUAAUAGCUCCUUUAUUCUAUUCCCUUCAAAAAUGUGUCCUUGGUGUGAUCACUAUUGUAAAUCUCCGGGGUGCCCUUCUUAAAUUUAGAGACCUGCCAAAGAUGUGGAGGGUUAGCAGAAUGGACACGGUCAUCUGGUUUGUUACUAUGCUGUCCUCUGCUCUGUUGAGUACUGAAAUAGGCCUGCUUGUUGGAGUUUGUUUUUCUAUGUUCUGUGUAAUCCUCCGUACUCAGAAGCCAACAGUUUCACUGCUUGGUUUGGAAGAAGAGUCCGAAACCUUUGAAUCCAUUUCUGCUUACAAGAACCUUCAGACCAAGUCAGGCAUCAAGAUUUUCCGCUUCAUAGCCCCUCUCUACUACAUAAACAAAGAAUGCUUUAAAUCUUCUUUGUACAAAAAGACUCUGAACCCAGUCUUGGUAAAAGCAGCUUGGAAGAAGGCAGCGAAAAGGAAACUCAAAGAGGAAACCGUGAUUUUCGGUGGCAUCCAAGAUGAAGUUUCAGUGCAGCUUUCCCAUGAUCCCUUGGAGCUGCAUACUAUCGUGAUUGACUGCAGUGCAAUACAGUUUCUAGAUACAGCAGGGAUCCACACACUAAAAGAAGUUCACAGGGAUUAUGAAGCCAUUGGCAUCCAGGUUUUACUGGCUCAAUGCAAUCCUUCUGUGAGGGAUUCCUUGACCAGAGGAGAAUACUGCAAAAACGGAGAAGACAAUCUUCUCUUCUACAGUUUGUCUGAAGCAGUGGCUUUUGCAGUGGACUCUCAGAAGCAGAAAGGAGUGUGUGUUCUCAAUGGCCUGAGUCUUUCUGGUGACUGAAAAAGUAAAUGAAAGGAAGAAGUGUGUCUUGCCAGUUUCAAUGUGCAACAUUUUCUACUGUGAGAGGAGAGAGUGGUGUACACUUGAAUAGUUCUCCUUUGAAGCGAAUAAUAGCCUUUUGAUAGUCUCAUGUGCAGCAGAGCUUAUAGUUGGGUAGAAUCAAAAAGAAGAAAAUGCUGUGGCUUCAGACUUUCCUGCAGAUGAGCAUUCUUGGGGGUGCAGUAUAAAUGGAAUGGAACUGUAAAGCAGCUCCCAAACUUGAUCACCUUACUUUAGGGACUUUACAUCUGAGCUCCACACUUCAGGAGACAGAGGUGAAGUUGGGGUUUGCUUUACCCGCACUGGAGCUUUUGCAUGCUCUGUGGAGAGGGGAAGGAAGACAGUGUUGCUGGUUCACAGGCUGGUGAAGCAUGAGGGCCUACCUAGAUGAGCUCUGUCCUCACUGGUGUUUUCUCUGUUUGUGU